UCUCUUCGUCCUCACUCCUCGACGUUUCGUCGGGGUCUCUCGCCGUCGCUCUCUCUGCUCUCCACCAUCCUCCUCCCCCUCCCCUCGACCUCUCAUCCUCCUCCUGCUUCCCCGCCCGGUCAACCCAUAAUCCAAGGCAUCCCUGGUAAGCCUCCCGAUGACACAACCCACCUCACCGCUCCUAACCCGCGAGCGGUUCAUCCGAUUCCGCCCCCAGUCCUUGCAUGUCCCCACGGUUCCGUGAAACGUCUCGUCGUGUUUGGUCUCAUCAUAGGGACGUGGCUAAUCGCGAUCCUGCUGUCUCCUUGGAGGUUCCGGACGCAUGUGACCGUGGAAUUCCAUUCCUCGUGCGCGAUUAGGUUGAGACGUCGUGAUCCUCGUGCGCCCGCCGUACAAACCCGUGAUCCUAAUUGUGCUGAUGGAUCGAUUGGAAAUGCAGGACGACUCGAAGAGAUCCAAUAGGCCCAAAUAUUCUAAGUUUACGCAGCAAGAGCUUCCAGCAUGCAAGCCACUGCUAACUCCAGCAAUUGUCAUUUCCGCCUUCUUACUGGUUGGCAUCCUAUUCGUCCCAAUUGGUCUCGCAUCGCUUUCUGCGUCACAAGAGAUUGUGGAGCUGGUAGAUAGAUACGAUACAAGUUGUGUGCCCGUGGCUGACAAAGUUGGGUUCAUUCAGAACACUAAAACGGACAAAUCAUGCACAAGAACUCUAACUAUCCCUAAGCAUAUGAAGAGCCCAAUUCAAAUAUAUUACCAGAUCGGUGACUUCUAUCAAAACCAUCGACGGUAUGUGAAAAGUCGCAGUGAUAAACAAUUGCGAUAUAAAGAUGCUGCACACUUGACAAAAGAUUGUGAGCCUGAAGUUUAUAGUGCUGGCGGUGCCCCAAUCGUUCCAUGUGGCCUCGUUGCUUGGAGUUUGUUCAAUGAUACAUAUACAAUUUCGGUCAACAAGAAAGCUAUUGUAGUGAAUAAAAAGGAUAUAGCCUGGCAGAGUGACAAGAAGAAAAAAUUUGGCAGUGAUGUUUAUCCCAGUAACUUUCAGAACGGAAAUCUUAUAGGUGGCGCUAAGCUAAAUGAGAGCAUACCGCUAAGUGAGCAAGAAGAUCUCAUUGUUUGGAUGAGAACUGCUGCCCUCCCAACUUUCAGAAAGCUUUAUGGAAGAAUUGAGACAGAUAUUAUGGAAAAUGAUGAACUCACAGUGGUUAUACAGAACAACUAUAACACAUACAGUUUUGGAGGGUCAAAAGCACUGGUCCUCUCAACUACAUCUUGGAUUGGAGGCAAAAAUAAUUUCAUUGGUUUCGCAUAUCUGAUUGUUGGUGGUUUUUGCCUUUUCCUUGCACUGGUUUUUGUAGUUCUCUACAUGAUUAAGCCAAGGACUCUUGGAGACACCUCUUUCUUGUCAUGGAAUAGGGGUACCAUGGACUAUCCAAGCUAAUACAUCGAAACAUUCUCUUUAUAAAAAUAGUGGAAGGACCCAUUGCCAAUUGGACUGCACUGCAGAGUCUCAUGCAUUGCUCACCUCAAAGAAUGACACUGCAAACAAAGGUGGAAACGAUGUUACUCCUAUCUGUUACGGAUGCACUACCUGUGUCUGAUAAAGGAAAGUACAAUUCUAGCAUAUGAUACCUCAAACUUGAUUAAUUAUAGAUAAAAGAAGUUCAGCUUGUGUUUCAGAAACGUCAUGCUGAGUACAAUUCUAGCAUAUGAUAACUUACUGCAGCUUGGUAAUUACGAUUUACUAGCUGCACAUUCCCAAAUCUGCAGCAUGUGCGUUCAACGAUGAGGUGUUUGGACGAAGGAGUUUUGCACCUUCUUCCAUUGUUAAGAGCAGUAGAUGGUGAGGAAGUACCUGGAGAGGUCGUGGUGUCGACGGAGAAGCUGGCGAGGGGGAUGACGAACGACUUAAUCCUCCCCGUGCAGUACUUCGUCUUGGAUGCCAUCUUGGACGUGUUCUGCAGUACGGUGAGCAUGAGCACUUCUCAGAAUCCGGUGGAGCAAGCAGGCAAGCUGCAUGCAGCUCCGUCUCCGAACGAGACCUACCUGCAUGAGAAGGUAGCUCUUGCCAUCGCCGGAGUUCUUGAUGACCUUGAAGCUCUGACCGUAGUAUAUCCGGAACAUGGUGGCGUCCUCCACCCUGGACACCGGCCCGGCCACCACAGGCGCCGGCGCGGCCGUGGCCGCUGAAGCGAGCGCCGACCACAGCAGCACCGCGGCCAGCAGGCAGCAUCUACGAACAGCGGCCAUUGCCUUCAAUGCACGGCUCACGAGCUCUUCCCAGCUCGUGAAGAACUGAUGGCCUGGUCCCUGAAGGGAAGGGAAGGGAAGGGGAAGGAGUGAGACGCUGAGUGGUACUCCUCUGCUACGAGAGCCCGUGACAGAGAUGUUGGGAAGCUUUUCUUGUCACGACGCGGAAUUGGUAGGAUUCCUCGUUCCUGUGACUGUGAAUUGGCGGGCAAUGCAUGUGCUGCGUGCUGGUGCAUUGCGGUGCAUGGCUUGCGGCUUUCAGCCUCUACCUUUUGACCUUGCUCGCCACUACCAUUCAUGAACAAUGCAUGGAGUACACCUCAGGUCAACAAGAAGAGAGAGAAAAAACUCAAUGUAAACGCAUGUAUGCUGUUACGGGUAUGCAAUUAUCCUCCCCCACUAACUUAAGAAAUA